CUCGUGUAGAUGCCGGAGGGGCUACAAUAUGGGGAAACAGAAGAAAGCAAGAAAAUAUGCUACUAUGAAACGCAUGAUCAGCCUUCGUGACCAGCGCCUGUGAGUCUCUUGGUGUUACUAAGUGGAGAAAGCUGAUGAGUUUUGAGAUAAGCAAGGAGCAAGACCGAGCAAAAGCCAAAAAGAAAAAAAAAGAUGAUCCAAGUGCUAUCAAAGAGAGAGAGGUCCCUCAAUAUCCCUCCUGUUUGUUCUUCCAAUAUAACACACAACUAGGGCCUCCCUACUACAUCCUGGUUGACACCAACUUUAUCAAUUUCUCCAUUAAAGCCAAACUGGACCUGGUGCAGUCAAUGAUGGAUUGCCUCUAUGCCAAAUGCAUUCCCUGUAUCACAGAUUGUGUCAUGGCUGAAAUUGAGAAAUUAGGACAGAAAUAUCGUGUGGCUUUAAGGAUAGCCAAAGACCCACGAUUUGAACGCUUGCCAUGCACUCACAAAGGCACCUAUGCGGAUGACUGUUUGGUGCAGAGAGUGACUCAGCAUAAAUGUUACAUAGUGGCUACUGUAGACAGAGACCUCAAGAGAAGAAUACGGAAGAUCCCUGGAGUCCCUAUAAUGUAUAUAUCUAACCACAGGUAUAACAUCGAGAGGAUGCCAGAUGACUAUGGAGCUCCUCGAUUUUAGUCUUGUGUUGGAAAGAGUCCAAUAUAAGCCUGCUGUGUCAAACCCUCAAAUUCCAGAACUCUGCCUGCUGUUUCUAAUUGUGCUGGAAGCUGAACUGAUUUUAUGGAGUUCCUCUGUUCUUCCAGAAAAAGUAUGCUAGAUCUGUUUCUUUGUUCUAUGUUCCAGAAUAAACAUUGUUUAUGGUUUAGAAGUGA